AUGGACACAACCAGACCUUCACAUCCAGACAUUCAUAUCCAGAUUUCCACAUCCAGACCUUCACAACAAGACCUUCACAUCCAGACCUCCAUAAAAAGACCCUCACAACCACACCUUCAGAUCCAGACCUUCACAUCCAGACCUUCACAUCCAGACCUUCACAACCAGACCUCCACAACAAGACCUUCAUAUCUAGACUUUCACAUCCAGACCUUCACAUCAGAGCAGGACACAAAAAGACCUUCACAACCAGACCUUCACAACAAGACCUUCAAAACAAGACCUUCAAUUCCAGACCUUCACAUCCAGACCUUCACAACAGAGCUGGACACAACUAGACCUCCAUAUCCAGACCUUCACAACCAGACGUUUACAGCUAGACCUUCACAGCCAGACCUCCACAUCCAGACCUUCACAUCCAGACCUUCACAGCCAGACCUUCACAUCCAGACCUCCACAUCCAGACCUUCAAUUCCAGACCUUCACAGUCAGACCUUCACAUCCAGACCUACACAACAGAGCUGGACACAACUAGACCUUUACAGCCUGACUUUCAAGCCAGACCUCCACAACCAGACCUUUAAAUCCAGUCCUUCACAUCAGAGCAGGACACAACUAGACCUUCAUAUCCAGAGCUUCACACCCAGACCUUCACAACAAGACUUUCAGUUUCAGACCUUCAUAAUCAGACCUUCACAGCCAAACCUUCAGAACUAG